AUAUAGACAAGUCCCUGCCUUAAUUUUGAGAUAAGACGAGGAAUCGAAAGGUUAAGGGCCUAGUUUGCUAAAGUACGGACGAGCAUGGACAACUAUUUGGUAUCGGUCUCUUUUAUUCUAUCGUUCUCUUUGACAGUCAUUGGGGAUACAAGUGUUUGUCAUGGAAAUGCUGACGGCCAUUAUGAAAUUGGUUGUCGCUCAUACGUCAUCUGUACCGGGGGAAGGGGAGUGAUUCAUAACUGUCCCGACCCCCCAGCGCAGGAAACCGUAUACAACUCCGCCAAAGGACACUGUGAUAAUCCGGACAAUGUAGCCCGACCCUGCGGACACUGGCAAGACUGUUCGCAACUUCCAGACAAGCGCUAUCCAGACAUUUACACUAAUUGUACAUCCUACUACACCUGUCAUGGCGGCACCUUCUUUGGACACAACUAUUGUAACCCUGGAUUGGUUUUUGAUUCGAUGCUACAGCUCUGUAAUUGGCCGCAUAACGUAGCGCCACCCUGCGGUACAUUUGGGACGAAGAAAUAGUCGCAAAGAGGAAAACAGUUUUCCGUAAAAACCGUAAAGUGAUGUAGACACGUGCUCUGAUGAUCCUCGAUUUUAAUAAGAUUAUUAAAUUUUUUUUUUGGAAAAAUUUAUGUGUUCAGUUUGCUUUUCACAAUUGUCUGUUAUGACUGGAAACCCCAUGCCACUGAUAUGUAAACUAAUUAAUAGGUUCUUUAAAGGCACUACAUGGUAACUUUACAACGUUUCUGUAACGGAAUAUUAAACAAUACACAUUCAGCCAUACUUUUCGUUAAAUACAGCUCAUUAAAAAUAAUAAGAAAACCUU